AAGGCGUGAUCCUAUGAAUUCCAAGAUGAGACAGAAACCGAAAGCGGAGAAAUCAUCAGGAUCUUUGCAGAAGUACCUCACAGACACCAGAUGCAGUGCUGCCCCAAGACGGACUCUUAAAAUGAUUCAGCCUUCAGCAACAGGUUGCCUGGUUGGCAGACAUAAUGAGAAGAAAUCUUCAGUCAAAAGGAAACUCUGGAAUAACAAGGUCACCUCAAAGGCUUGUAAAGCUGAGGUGUCUGUGGACAAGGAGCAAGAAAAUGGGAAUACGAAUGAUGUCAUUCAAGCUGUAGAUCUCAUGAUAAAAGGAAGUCCUUCAUCUCAGUAUUGGAAAGAAGUGGCUGAAGAAAGGAGGAAGGCUCUUUAUGAAGUGCUUCAAGAAAAUGAAAAGUUGCACAAAGAAAUUGAACAGAAAGAUGGUGAAAUUGCCCGCCUAAAAGAAGAAAAUGAAGAGCUAAUGUCCCUUGCUGAACAUGUGCAUUAUAUGACCAGCAUGAUUGAGAGGCUAACUGGGCAAGCACCUGUUGAUCUUGAGACACUGAAGAGUCUGGCUCUAGAGGAAUCCAAACAAGAAAAUGAAGAGCUUAACUGUGGAGAUGAUGCAGACAGCACUCCUGAAGAAGGGCCAUCACAAGUAUCAUGCGGCUUAAGGGAGAGUAUAUUGGAUCUUGCUUCAAAGGAAGCAAGUGACUUGCAACUGGAAUGACAACCUUUAAAUAGGCUUAUGUAUGUGGCUUUUAAUUGCAGACUUCCUCUUGAAAGGAUAUACUAAAACUUCUCAGGUAUAGGAACUUUUGUGGAAGCAUUACAGAUGUUGGUUUUUAACUGGAAUUAUGUAGCGGUGGGAGUAUCUGGAUACU